CGUCGCUCACCCACGCUGACAAGGACAACUGACAAGUGACAAGUGCUGACAACUCUGAAGCAUCUGAAAGCUGACCAAAGCCCACCAAAGCCAAACAAGACAAGUCGACAAGUGCAACUGAGUGCAACAAAGUGUAAAUGGUGGCAAAACAAGUGGUGCUAAAUAUAAUAUAGUUUUCAGUUAUAAAUUUUUUUUUAACACUACAAAAAAAAAACCAGUCUACAGUUAAUUAUCAGAAAGUUGGAAUUUUACCAACGGGUCUAACAAAAAGAAAUAAAUCCUUCUGUGGCAACUAGGCGUUUACAUGGAUGAUCCAGGAGUUUAUUCUAGUGAUGCAACAACAGCACUAUUGUCAGGCAAGGAAGAAGAUGACUUGUAUAGUGAGAUGAUACUCUCAUUGGGUUCUGAUUUUCAUCAGAAUUUAACUCAAGUUAAUGAAACCAAUUCACAAGAAAGUGUCUGUGCUACAAUGUUUCCUGAAACAUUGAAAGAAGCAUCUCAUGAUAAUUUCCAGGGACUUGGAGAUUUACCAAUUAGUCUAGUAGAGCAACAAACACUUAUCUGGCAACAGGACUCUUACAUGGCUGAUUCAGGAAUUCAUUCUGGUGUUGCAACAACAGCACCAUCAUUAUCAGGCAAAGAAGAUGAUCUAUAUAAUGAACACAUGAUGAUGCUUUCACCAAAUCCUGGUUUCAAUCAGAAUUUCACUCAAGAACAAGUUAAUGAAAUGAAUUCACAAUCAAGUCAAGCGUGUAUUGAGCGUUCUGCAAUGUUUCCUGAAACAUUAGAAGAAGGAUCACUUAGUAACUAUCAGGAACUUUGUAAUCUACCAAUAACUUCAGCAGAAGAACAAACUCUUUUGUGGCAACAAGGUUCUUAUAUGAGAGAUUCAGAAAUUCAUUCUGCUAUUUCAACAACAGCACCAUCAUUAUCGGGCAAAGAAGAUGACAUGUAUAGUGAACAGAUGAUACUCUCACCUGAUCCUGGUUUCAAUCAAAAUUAUGGGCAUGACCAAGUUAAUGAAAUGAAUUCACAACUCAGUCAAACAUACAUCGAUCGGGCUACAAUGUUUCCUAAAACAUCUAAAGAAGAUACAUCAUCACAAUUUAACUCAUCGCAAUCAACAACUGAAUCAGAUCAAAUGUUUACACACGAUGCUGAUAAUUUUAAAAAUUGCCAUGAUGCUGAUCUAGCCACAUAUGCAAUUCCAGAAUUGAUAAAGCUACUUAAUGAUGAAGAUCAAGUUAUUGUAUCACGAGCAGCUGUUAUGGUGCAUCAAUUGUCAAAAAAAGAAGCAUCAUGUUAUGCUAUUAUAAAAAAUUCUCAAAUAGUUCAAGCAUUGGUACGUGCAAUGUCACACAGCAAUGAUUUUGAAUCAACAAAAGCAGCUGUUGGUACAUUUCAUAAUUUAUCACUUCAUAGAGAAGGAUUGUUAGCAAUAUUUAAAAGUGAUGGAAUCCCAGCACUCGUUAAAUUACUCAGUUACGGUGUUGAGUCUAUAUUAUUUUAUGCAAUAACAAUACUUCAUAAUCUUUUGCUUCAUCAUGAAGGUUCUAAAAUGGCUGUUCGUCAUGCUGGUGGUUUACAAAAAAUGGUUGCUCUUUUACAACGUAAUAAUGUUAAAUUUUUGAUUAUUGUUACUGAUUGUCUUGAAAUACUUGCUUAUGGUAAUCAAGAAAGCAAACUUGUUAUUCUUAGAUCACAAGGACCAAUUGAGCUUGUUCGUAUAAUGCGUUCUUAUGAUUGCGAAAAAUUGCUUUGGACAACAUCACGAGUUUUAAAAGCUUUAUCAGUGUGCUCCCACAACAAAUCAGCAAUUGUUAAUGCAGGUGGGUUACAAGUACUUGGAAUGCAUUUAGGGAACUCAAGUCCAAGGCUUGUUCAAAAUUGUCUUCGAAUCUUACGAAGUCUUUCCGAUGCUGGAACAAAAAUAAAUGGACUCGAAGAACUACUUUCUAGACUUGUUCAAGUACUUACUUAUCGAGAUAUCGAUAAUGUCACUUAUGCAGUUGGAAUCCUCUCAAAUUUAACAUGCAACAAUCAACAAAAUAAGGUGACAGUUUGCCAACUUGGUGGUGUUAAUGCGCUCGUUCAUACAAUUAUGGUGGCAAGGGAUUAUGAAGAAAUAGUAGAGCCAGGAAUUCGUGCUCUUCGUAAUUUGACUUCGGGUCACAUUCAAGCAGAAAGAGCUCAAGAUGCAAUGCGUUUGAAUUGUGGCAUACAAGUUAUUGCUGAACUAAUUCAGCCAUCAUUACCACAAACCAUGGUUAAAGCCAUCGUUGGACUCGUUCGUAAUUUAUCACUUUGUGCAACUAAUCAUGCACCUUUACGUGAACAUGGUGUUAUUCAUCUUCUCACAAGGUUUUUUCCCAAUGAAUCAAAUUUUUGGAGUAAUGUAAAUAUAAAAUAACAAUUAUAACGUUAUUUUAUUUUAUUUUUAUAUUCAUCUUGCUUAGCUGUUAAUUUAUACAUAGAAUUGAUAAAAAUAUGAUGUUAUGAAGAAAACAUAAUUUAUUUUUUUUAUUAAAAACGUAAUUUGAAGAAUCGGAAAUUCAUAAUAAAUGUAAUUAUAAUCUACGAUAAAAUAAAUAAAAUAUAAAUCAUUUAAAUUGUGUUUGAUAUAACGGCAUUAUUAAAAAAUUUUAUAUUAAAAAAAAAUGAUUUUUACAAUUUUUAAACAUUAUUAAUUUUUAAACAUUAAUUUACAUUUUUCGUUAAUCAAACAGUGUAAGAUCUAUCAAUCUCAAAUUAAUUCAAGAUUAAUUUUUGGUUUUGAUUAACAACAAAAAUUUAACUGGAUUUUUUAUAUUCUCGAUACAAAUUGUUAAUAGGAAAAAAGGAUCAUUACUCAACAUGUGUAUAUAUAUAUUUUAUAUAAAAAAAGUUAAUAAAAAGUAUUAGUUUCUGAAUAAUUUCGAAUUUACUGUCAAGUAUUUAUUCUGAUUAAUAUACUAGUUUGAAUAUCAGCAAUUUCUUCAGGUUUUUCCGAGAUUAAACUUGAGCAUUUGUCGAAAAGCCGUUUUACAUAUAUAGCUUGUUAGUACAAUAAAAAAUAAGUGGAUUAAUGAUAAUAUAAGAGUGAAAUAUAAUAAUUUUUUAAAUAAAAUUUAUUCCAAAUUUUUUUAAAAUAAGCAAAUUUUUUUUUAAAUCAAAGAGAAGCUAUUUUCUUCAACCAUGAAAUUUUUCAUUAAUGAAAUAUAUUAUUUUAUUGUUUUGACCACAUUUUGAGCGAAAUUCAGCAAGUUUAUAAUUUAUUAAUUUUCCAUGGAUAUCGGAGUAGAAGAUACACAUGCAGCUCUUCCUGGACAAGGUGAUUCUGUGCACUCGUAUUGUUUUACGACACAUACCUCAUCACUUGAACAUCGUGUAUAAAAACAAGGGUUU